UGGCGGAGGCUGCACCCCAAUCCUUGCACGUCAGCCAGCAGUUUCUGGAAUGUCCGAUCUGUUGCUUUCUUUACAAGGAUCCCAAGAUGCUGGACUGUCAGCAUAGCUUCUGCUUCAAGUGUCUGGAGAAGAUGAUGAGCACGAAUAAGAUAGUGUGUCCAGUCUGUAGGACAGAGACGCUAGUUGCAGAUGACAGACUGCAGAGUCUUUCUCCGAACUUCUUGCUGAUUUAUCUUGUUGAUGAAAUGAACAAACAACAGCAGUUAAUUGGGGAGCAACUGAGUACCAAAAAAGACCAUCGCAUCAUUCCAGCACAUGAAUUGGACACAUCGAGGGUUUUAGCAGCAGAUCUUACAGACGCUGACGCACCAAAAUGUAGAAAACAUGGUGAUCAUGCCAUAUGUUUUCACUGUGAAACCUGUAAUAUGCUGAUUUGUUCAAAGUGUGCAAUAUUGGAGCAUCGGGGAGAUGAGCACAAUUGCGUUGACAUUGCCGACUCAAUGAAAUCCUUCCGGACGAGUGUCACCGACAUCCUUCAGAACUUUGGGAAAAACAAACAGAAGUUUACAUCCACGGAACAAUCAAUAGAACGGGCGAGAAAUAGAUUGCAAUGUAACGUUGCACAAGCGUGUAGUGACAUUUCUUCAAAAGCUGAAGAAGAAAUCGCAAAAAUCAGAAAUAAGGCUGAACGUCUCACCGCCAGAGUGAAAAAACUUGGUCAGGAGAGAGACAGCGAGUACAGAAAAGCGUUCAUGCACAACCGUGACCAGAUGGAACGCGGAGAUCAGAUCGUCACGGCCGUAAAUGACUUGAUGAGACAAUGCGAUGAUUUCGAGCUUUUGGAGCUCGAGCCGAAGGUGAUGCACCACUUGGAAUUACAGAAGGAGCUCAAGUGUGAACCGGUGAAUCAUGGACCGUCGUUCAUCGGAGUCCAGUGUCAAAGGGUUGUGAUUAAUCAAGAUCUCGGAAAAGUCUGCGACAGCGAGAAAUGGCAGUUGAAGGGAGAGUUCGGCAAGAGAGGCACCGGUGACGGGGAGUUCGAGUAUGCCGUGGAUGUUGCAUGCUUCAGCAACGGGGACAUUGCUGUAACUGAUACAACCCAGAAACGGCUAUCGUUGUUCACCUCCACUGGCCAAUUCAAAUCGUCGGUUCCUCAAGGACCCGACUGUGAUCAGCUGAACAAUCCUUGGCGCGUUGCCGUGAGCAGUGAGGAUCUGCUUUUCGUCACAGACAAAAAGAAAGUGAAGGUUUUCGACGCUGAGCUGGAGUUUGUUUGCGAGUUUACAGAGGGGCUAUCAGAGAUAUCAGAGAUAGCGCUUACUGGUAUUGCUGUGGACAACCAACGAGUAGCAGUGGCUGAUGAUGGGAGAAAGAUCAUCAGUGUCCAUAACUUGAACGGAUCGUUGAUUGCAAUGAUAUCAAACGAGAUGGUUAAAAAUUACGUGGCAAUUAGCAACAAAGAGCACCUGAUCUUCACAAACUACCAGGAGAAGAGGAUGCUGUGCGUUGACUUUGAGGGCAGUGAGGUGUUCAACGUAAUGACUGAACUGAACGGGGAACCAGCUAGUCCGACUGGUGUCCUGUGCGAUGAUGAUGACAGCAUCUAUGUCGCUGUUCAUGAGUCCAAGGCAUUUGGAGCGGAUGAAGUGCAGAAAUACGACUCCGGUGGUGCAUUCACAUCAACAGUUGCUCAUGGGUUGCACAUGCCGUUCCAAAUGGCAUUUACCCCCGCAGGUGACGUCGUUAUCGCAGACAAACAUUCCGUCAAGAUCUUUGAGCGGAUGUGAUCCGCUGCACUACAGACAAUCAUGUACUGGUAGACUAUCAGAAAAAAAACAAACCCCAAACAUAACUUGGGAAUAGAGUAUGCACAUAACGUGAACUGUUUUCAGUUUAAUACUUGUCAAUAAGAUGUACUUUAUCGCCAUGUUAUUUGGAGAGAGCCACAUAUUUAUGUCUACUUUCAAUACAAGGGCGUAAAUCCAUGGGCGUUAUGUAGGAGGAUUACAUGUAUUGCUUUUUGACCAGUGUAUGCGCCAUUUGUAACACUCCACAGAUUUCUCUGGUGAGCAAUUUAAAAAAAGUUGCAAAUGAGAAUUUAUUGGGACAUGUUUUUCACAUAAGGCAGAUGUUUCAAAUGCAAAUGUCAACAGCUGGAUUUGUAUGGGUUAAUAUCACAAAUUGCGGCGAUUAAGAAAUGCAUCCAGUAUCCUAUAAUGCCACUUUUCGCUUAUCUAAAUAAUGGUCAGCCAUUACAAAUUAUGUCAAAAACGGAGUUGUUGCUAUAACUCAUCAUACAAGGCAAGACCGAUUAAUGAACAACAAUCCAGCCUUGUUUGAUGUAGACGCAAGACAUUGGUUUUAGUAGGCCUUCCGCUGGAAGGUUCUGUGUCAAAUAAAAGGUGAGAAAAUCCCCCAUACUAUAUUGUCAACGGUGUAGUCACACUUUAAAUUUCAUUUUUGGGAGAAAUUCUCUGCUAUUUGUGCAUGGAUAGUGGGCUGGAUAGUGAAACAACAUUCUACAACGUGUUUGAUGUCAACAGAUUGAAUAUAACCGGAGAAAAAGAGACAUACACAUCUGUUUUGGCCAUGCUUAUUUAUCUCUGUGGUAUUUUGCCGUUCACUGCAUGCCUGUCAGUCAGGGCCUCGGACCUUGAUGACAUGCUUCGUUAAG